AAAUCAAAGGCUGGUUUCAGUUCGAACUUGCAUCAGCAGCUUUGGCGAAUCUAGCUGAUUAGCGAAGAGGAUAGAAGAAACAUGUCUGUAGCCUCGUCUCAGCAAGCCUUCCUCACCAGCGCUCUCCUCCCUCGGUCGACCCUCAAGCCCAAGAACAAGUUCCUCGGCUCGGUCAGCACAAUCUCUUGCAGGCGCGCACACCCAUCAUCCGAUCACGAUGACCCCAAUGAUUCUUCGAGGAGGAACGGCAAUCAGCUUGCGAAAUUGGCUGUGGUGACGCUCGCGGCUGGAGUUUUGACACUUGGGUCGGUGCAGGAUGCUUCGGCCGCCAAGACUGGCGGUAGGAUCGGUGGUCAGGCGUUCAGGCCGUCGGCGCCGAGGUCAUCUGCUCCAAGAGGCAACAAUUCAAGGACAAAUAUUUACGUUAAUCCACCUGUUGCUCCACCUCUAGUUGGUGGAUACGGGUAUGGUUAUGGCUUGCCAUUCUAUGGAGGCUGGGGUUGGUCACCAUUUUCAUUCUUUGCUCCGGGUCCUAGUGUUGCUGUUGGUGUAGGAGGCGGGUUUGACCUUCUUGCUUUCUUUCUGAUUCUCGGUGCUGUUGCUGCUGUCGUGAGGAGAUUCACAGGACCUCAGGAUGAUGAAGAUGAUUACUAGUUACUCUGGAAAUUUUGUGGUGGCAACAAGUUAUUUAUGUAUGAUCUGCACAGAGAAACUGCAGGAUCUGUAUGGUUGGCCUAAUUGUGUAUUCUGAAACAAGCCACAAGAAGCAACCCACACAAUGGUUAAUCAUUUGGUUCAAAAAGAUCUUGUGAUGUAAAUCGUUAUAUUGAGGAAGUUACUCUUACAGUUUGAGCUUAUUAUAUAAAAGUAACUUUUGCUGUCUGAUC